AUGUAUUAUUCAUGCGAAGAAGGAUGGAGGAGAUGGACUGCAGGUUUUGGUCAGGAAACCCAAAGGAGUAGUAAAUUGCGGUAUGGAAACAUUAAUACAUAUGGAAGUGAUAGCGGAUUCCCUUCAGAGAUACCUGUCAAUCAUUCAAAUUACAAAUGUCACAAAGGGACAUCGAAUGAGGUGAAACAGCAUCUAUCCAAUAAUGAGCUAUUGUAUGGUACUACAUAUUUCAUAAGCAUAGGACUGGAAGAUCGGAAUGAGCCAUUUCAUAAAGACCCUAAAAAAUAUCACUGUUUGACAGCUGUUGACAGUUAG